CGUGACGUCACGGGAGCGCCCGAGCAGCGGGGGAAGCCACCAGUGGUAGAGGCUGGCGAAGACGGAAAAAAAGAGCGGAGAGAGAGACAGACAGAAGACAAGAGGAAGACAGCGACGCUGGUCUCACCUCAGCUGACCGUCUGUGCCGAUACCGACCGUCAGUGACCGCUGCAGAAGGAAGACAUGUAGAGGAGCGACGUUACUGCUUCACUAACUGCCUUUUCAACACUGACGCUUAUUUCACAACCGAGGACAGGGACGUUAACAGCCGCAGUGAUUCCAUCACCCCAGGCCUUGUGGAAUAACUGGUUAUUUGCAGGGAUAGCCUGUUUAUUACCGUUUUCCAAACAAAGCCCAUGGAUUUCACUGAGGGGUCUGGAAAAGCCUUGAUCACAGCCAUGUCAACGCUGCAUCAGAAUGUUUUAAGUCAAGAAGCCUGACAUUAGACAACUCUAGUAUUUCAUCAACUCAGUUUUUCUCAGGAUAUUUGAUUCACCCCAAUUAAUAAUUUGACCCUGAUUUUCUCCCUAUUAUUCACCACCACAUUGUCUCACCAUGUACGGUAGUUCGCGUUCCAUCUCAAAGCUGGAUGUUGUUGGAUCCAAUGGUAACGGUUCAGUUUCUGGGAGUCCGGGUCGCUCCCCGCGCCUUCCUCGCUCCCCGCACCUUGGACACAGGAGGAACAGUGGCAACAGCUCCACCGGCGGACUAACAGGCUCUGGUAAAACUCUGUCCAUGGAGAAUAUUCAGUCUAUUAACGCUGCCUACGCCACCGGGGGUCCCAUGUACUUCUCGGACACAGCUGAUGACCCGGUCGGGAUUGGGAGUCUGGGCAGUGGGCUGAAUCCCACGGUGCCUAAAACCACUAUGACCUUGGGGAGGGCCGGGGCCAGGGUUCCCUACGGCUUGAGGACAGCUGUUAUGGGGAGCAAUCCAAAUAUAAACACUGGAGGAGUGGUCAUGCCCAAUGAUGCUAUAGCCUUUGGAGAAGUUCAGAACCAGCCUCCACAGGCAGCUACUGUGCCACACUCCAUGAGACAGGUGAGAGACGGCGCCAUGUCAGACCUACAGACGCAGCUAAGAGAAGUGCUGAGAGAAAACGAACUGCUACGCAGAGAACUGGAGGCGAAAGAAUCCAAGCUGAGCUCCUCCAUGAACUCCAUUAAGACGUUCUGGAGUCCAGAACUGAAGAAAGAGAGGGCGCUCAGGAAGGAUGAAGCCACAAAGAUGGCCGUCUGGAAGGAACAAUACAAAGUGGUGCAGGAGGAAACACAGCAUUUCCAGUGCACCAUCCAGGCGUUACAGGAUGAGCUCCGAAUCCAGCGAGAUCUCAACCAGCUCUUUCAGUCCGAUUUCCCGGAGUCCGGGCACCUGGGGAACCAGGCCCUCCCCCCUCAGGAAAUGACCGAGGAGAACUUCCUGCGUCUCCACAGCGAGUAUGAGCGGCAGGUGAAAGAGCUCUUCCUCCUGAGGAAGACUGUGGAAGAGAUGGAGCUAAGGAUAGACACACAGAAACACACACUCACAGCCAGGGAUGAGUCAAUAAAGAAAUUACUGGAAAUGCUGCAGAGUAAAGGCCUGUCGUCACGGGCAACAGAAGAAGACCAUGAGCGUACGAGGAGACUGGCUGAUGCUGAGAUGACCAUCCAUCAACUGGAGGGCCUGCUGGAGCGGAAAGACAAAGAGGUGUUACAACUCAGAGAGGAGCUGCACAGGAGGUAUGAAGCAGCUCCAGAGUCAACGAAGACUAAGGCCCUGCAGACAGUCAUUGAAAUGAAGGAUGCAAAGAUCAGCUCACUGGAGCGUGGCAUGAGGGAACUGGAGGAGGAAGUAAACAUGCUCAAGUCCAACGGUGCUCUGAGCAGCGAGGAGAGGGAGGAGGAGAUCAAACAGAUGGAGGUCUACAGAUCCCACUCCAAGUUCAUGAAGAACAAGGUUGAGCAGCUGAAGGAAGAGCUAAGUCACAGCCAAUCAGAGAAGGAGGAGCUAAGGCAACGAGCCAGUGAGCUUCAGCGGGAGGUGUCAGCAAUGGAUCAGGCAAAGCAGGACCUGGGUCGUAAGGACAGCGAGCUGCUGGCUCUCAGGACCAAACUGGACACUCUGAACAACCAGUUUUCUGACAGUAAGCAACACGUGGACGUCCUCAAAGAGUCGCUCACUGCUAAAGAACAGAGAGCUGCUAUACUGCAGACGGAGGUGGACGCCUUACGCCUCCGACUGGAAGAAAAGGAGUCUCUCUUGUCCAAGAAGAGUCAGCAAAUAUCAGAGGUGUCAGAGGAGAAAAGCACUCAGCAAGGAGAGAUCAGCGACCUCAAGGACAUGCUGGACGUCAAGGAACGCAAAGUUAACGUCCUGCAGAAGAAGAUAGAGAACCUCCAGGAUCAGCUGAGGGAUAAAGAGAAACAGCUCGGUGGUCUGAAAGACAGAGUCAAGUCUUUACAGACGGACACGUCCAACACUGACACAGCACUGGGAACACUGGAGGAGGCUCUGGCUGAGAAGGAGCGAAUCAUUGAGCGCUUGAAGGAGCAGCGAGAGAGGGAGGAGAGAGAAAAGGGAGAGGAGAUGGAGUCCAGCAAGAAGGAGCUGAGGGAGUUGAGGCAGAAGGUUUCUCAGCUGCAGGCUGACCUGGCUGACCGUGAGACAACGGUGUUGGACCUGAAGGAGAAGGCGUCAUCGCUGGCUUCUUCCACUCUGAAGAAGGACAACAGGCUGAAGACUCUGGAGAUCAGUCUGGAGCAGAAGAGGGAGGAGUGUGUCAAACUGGAGAACCAGGUUAAAAAGGCCCACAGUGCUGCAGCGGACUCGAGGGCUGACGCUGAACUCUCCGAACGCAUCUCCUGCCUGGAGCAUGAAGUGACCCAGCACAAAGAGGAUGCUGGGAAGGCCCAGACCGAGGUGGAACGGCUGCUGGAGAUCCUGAGGGAGAUGGAGAACGAAAAGAAUGACAAGGAGAAAAAGAUCCACGAACUGGAGAGUCUUGCCUCAAGGCAGAUGAAGGACCAGUCGAAGAAGGUGGCCAACCUGAAACACAAGGAGCAGCUGGAGAAGAGCAAGAACGCUCAGAUGAUGGAGGAGGCCAAGAAGAGAGAGGAUAACCUGAACGAGAGCUCCCAGCAGAUUAAGGAUUCUCUCCGUCUGAAGGAGGAGCGCAUCGAAGAGCUGGAGGAGGCGCUGAGGGAGAGCGUUCAGAUCACAACAGAGCGAGAGCUGGUGCUGGCCCAAGAGGAGCAUGCUCGCACACAGUCUGAGAGACAGCUCUCUCAUAUUCCAAUGCAUGAGUUCACCACAGCCAGCUUUAGGUGGUCAAAGGUGGAGGACCUGCUGGUUGCCAUGGAUAGAGUGAAACAGGAACUGGAGGUGAUGAAAGCCAAGCUGUCGUCGACUCAACUCUCACUGGCUGAAAAGGAAGGUCACCUGACCGCCCUGCGGGCUGAGAGGCGGAAGCACCUGGAGGAGCUGCUGGAGAUGAAGCAAGAGGCGCUGCUGGCAGCCAUAAGUGAGAAGGACGCCAACAUUGCCCUGCUGGAGCUCUCCUCGUCCAAGAAGAAGAAAACACAGGACGAGGUGGCAACUCUAAAAAGGGAAAAGGACAGUUUGGUUCAGCAGCUCAAACAGCAGACUCAGAACCGGAUGAAGCUGAUGGCAGACAACUACGAGGACGAUCAUCUCAAGGUCUCGUCUCCAAACUCAGAGCUGCCCAAUAAUCACAAACCCUCCCCAGAUCAGAUUCUCUCUCCCCUCCUGGAUCUCACUCAGAAUCGCAGUAAACUGAAGCUGUACAUCAGUCACCUUACCUCACUGUGUCAGGAGCGAGACCCAGUCAUAUUGCAGGACUUUGCCCCGCCUCCCGCCUAUCACCGCACUGACCCCGCCUCCUGGCAUACCCAGCUGCACAGCAUGACACAGGAACAGUUGGAGGCGGAGUUGGAGCUGUGCGAGAGGGAGGGGGCGGAGCUCCAGGAGUACGCCAAUCAGAUCCUGCAGCAGAUCGCCGACAGGUGCCCGGACAUUUUGGAACAAGUCGUCAACGCGCUGGAGGACAGCUCCUGACACACACACACACACACACACACACACACACACUGAGCGUAAAUGAGGGUAAACAUCAGUAGAAUCACAGUGUUGGACAUGAGCUCUUCUUCUCUCACCUGCUUUGCUCUCACCUUAGUUUCACGGAGGAGACCACAGAGCUUUGUCGACGCACUAAUUAAUGAAUGACAAAUGUCAAGCCUUCACCCUCUCACAGCGGCCAUGUUGUGUGUGACUUUGUAUGUAUUUGAACGUGUGUGUGUGGUGUUUGCUUAGAUUCUUCUUCCUGAUGUCCGACUCUCUCACACACACGCACACACACUCCUGUCACAUCACUCGACCGGUUCCGACUGGUUUAUUUCUGCUGCCUUUUUUUUUUUGUUUUGUGUCUGUACAUCAUUUGCUGCUAUCGUUCUUAUUAUGUUUUUAUCCAAUGAAACGUCGCGCCUUGCAUUUCUGAUGUAAAUUGUAAAGAAGAGAGAGAGAAGUUUUAAUUAAACAGAAACACGGGCUCCGUCGUCGGGAGGAGGAACAUGACACGUCUCAUGUAUUAACAACUCAAAAGCCACAUGCGACAAUAAAUCUCGCAGCACUCCCUUUACGAAAACACGGCGGUGUCGAUGGACUCGUGUUUGUCUUUAAAGUAAGAAAAACAACGCGUUCUGCUCAGUUUGGUUCAGAUGAACUCUCCCUCACACACUCUCUGACAAUCCCUUUAGAGUUAACAUCAGGAGGAGUCUGCACUUUCUUUCUUUCCCCCUUUUAUUAAAACAUCGUAUGGUUUUCUUGGGAGGGAGGGACUAUAAAGUAAUUGUUACAUAUAUGUUUUUGUUUUUUUUUUUGCCUUUGGUAAUAUGAAAUAAUCUUGUUUCAUUGGAAAUAUUGUCUUCUGCUGGUUGAUAGGUUACAUUAUGUGUCUGAUUUGCAGGAAAAUGACAAGUCUAGCGUACUUACAGGGUUCUGUGUUCACCGGCGACGUCUGUGUUCUUGUUGUUUACAGUUGAAAUGACGUCGGAGUGCAUGUUUCCCACAGUGUGGCGGCCUCAGCAUGGACGGAUGUGCUCGCACCGGAGUCAAAGCUUCUCCACGUGGGGGGGUUUUAUGGUCCUGGUGGACACAGAACCCAAAGACAGGGAUUUACACACAUUUCAAUCUGAUCUCACACAGAACUCAGCUUUUAUUUCAGAACCUUUUUUUUUUUUUACGAGUCACGUUUGUGUAACAUUUGACAAAUGAAGGUUAUUUUAUUUUGUUGGGGUGGGGGGGAUGAAACUCUGGUCAGGAAUGAGCUUGUGCUGUAAAUCCAGUGUUCAGUUGUGUGUUUUAUACUGAUAAUGUUUCAUCUGUGGGGGAAUGAGGAUGACUGGAAACUCACCGUGACUUUGUUUUGGAUUUAAAACUGAAAUAAGAGAAUGGAAUAAAAUAUGAAUUUAUCUUUAUUCUUUGAGGAGGGGGUCGACUUUUAUUUA